CUCAUCAUCUCCUGCACCUUCCCUACGGCACGCGGCUGCUGAAAGCACAAUUCAUUCCAGAUCGUCGCUUUGGAAGUAAUUAUCUACAAUGCAGAUCUGGAAUUCCACCAGACGAACACAGCGGCAACCGGCCGGCGCUGCUCGCAGUGGAACCGGAACCCCUCAACCCCCGCCGUCGUCUGCGGCACAACAACAACAGCAGCCUACUCUUCUACAACAACAGCAAAGAGCGUCGCUCUUGCAGAGAUCUCCCCUUCCUCAGACUCCUACAAGACCGGCGCCGUCUACCGCGACUCCUCAGCCUUCACCGUCUCCCGAGAAAGGAAGCGUCAAAAGGUCGGAUGUGAAGGUAGAUCCGCUGGCUGUUCUUGGCAGGAUUCUCGACAGCGAUAGCUCUUACAUCAAGGCAAAGGUGGAAUCAAAGUCUCCCGGCUCGAAACCGCGCUCAAAAUCCGAAUCCGAGCCAGCGGACGUGUCUGUUCUGAUACGGAAGAUCGACGGCGACGCGCUAGCGAGAUUCAUAAAAUCCGACACCUCAGCGGAAGACCAAGAUAUAGCCGCCUACCUCGAGACUCUGGAGAAGCAGAGCAAGUCUACCCCGUCAGAGUCAACAGACAGCAGCGAGCAAGAGAAGCAAAAUAUAGCGGCCGAGUAUGAGCAGCAAAUCGAGCGAUUCAAAGACCUGCAUGUGUCGAUUCAGAAAUGCGAUUCAGUCCUCGCAUCGGUUGGCGAUUAUCUCUCGCUGUUUGAGAAAGAUCUUGGCUUGCUGUCGUCCGAAAUCGAGACGCUGCAGAACCGGUCUAUCUUUCUCAAUCGCCGGCUUGAAAACCGGAGAGAGGUCGAGACAAGACUGGCGGCGCUCAUUGACGAUAUACUGAUUCCACCGUUUGCCAUCAAAAAGAUUCUCACAGGAGAAAUCAACACUCAAUGGAUCAGUCUUAUUCAAAUUCUCUGGACGCGGCUCAAACGCAUGGAGCUCUUCAAAGCCGAGGCGCAGAAAAUCAGUCAGUCGGUCGCUUUGAUCGACGAGAUUGAGCCGGUGCUAAAGAUGCUGGCUGACAAGGCGGUUGAGCGGAUUCGCGACUUCUUCGUGGCAAAGAUCAAAAGCUUGAGAGUGAUCAACACAAACGCGCAAGUGAUUCAGUACAGCAUCUUUCUGAAAUUCCGGCAGCUCUUUGCCUUUCUGGCAUAUGUCAACCCGCAGCUCUGCGAGGAUAUCAUCCAGGGCUACAUAAACACAAUGCGAUGGUACUACUCCAGCGAUUUCACGCGCUACGUCAAAGCACUAGAAAAGCUAAAGAUCCGGUCAAUCGACCGGUCGUCUCUGAUCGGCGCCGAAGGGAGCAAAAAAAUUCUCUCUUCCUCGCGUGCCCAGUACACGAGCAGUCAACGAGAUCCGCUCACGCUCGGGCGGAGAGUCAACAUCAUCUUCUCGACCGACAGUUCGGUGAUGAUGGAAAACUCGGCCGAGCAGAGCCAGGACGUGCUCUGGAUGGAGAUUGGAUUUAGAAGUUUCAACCUCGCGCUCAUGGAUAACGUCUGCGCAGAGUAUCUCUUCAUUGUCGACUUUUUCGCAUUCAAAUCGCCCGAGCAGCAAGCGCAUAUAUUCCAGGAGAUCUUCAAGCCCACGUUCCGCAUCGGCGAGGAUUACGUCAAAAAGCUGCUUGAACUCUCACACAUGGACGCCUUUGGGAUCCUGCUCUGCAUCCGCAUCAUCCAGCUUCUCGAAUUCGAACUCCAGCGGCGGAAAGUGCCCGUGAUGGAAGGCUACUGUCACGCCAUCAACAUGGUCCUCUGGCCCCGGUUCCAGCACAUCAUGAACGCCCACUCCGACAACCUGCGCAUGCUCUCCGGUAAACCCCCCGCCGACGCCGGCACAAGCGGUCUCGGCCGCAGCGCGUCAAACGCAAUCAGCGGACUCUCCGCCAUGCUCUCAUCCACCCACGUCUCUUCCGCGCUUCCCCACCCCGUCACCCAGAAAUUCGCCACCUUCUUGAACGGAAUCCUCGAGCUCUGCCCCGAGGACAUGGAGUCUGAGCCCGUGUCUGUAUCGGUCGUGCGUCUGCGGAACGAGUUCGAGGCUUUCCUCACCAAAUUCAGCAGCAAGAUCACCGCGCCUCAAACUGCUGCUAGUGGGAACUCACGCGGCGGCGCGGAUGCAAAGGAGACUGCAAAACUCAGAGAACGGUUUUUGUAUAAUAACUACAUGGUUGUCUGCACCGUCAUCUCGGACGCGGAAGGUACUUUGGCGGAUCAGGAGAGAGAGCAUUUUAGAAAGCUCGCGGAGGCGUAUGGCGCGUCCGCUACUUGAUUUGUAUAUAUGUUUAGGAAUACA